GGCUCAGCGACAGCACACCACACGAGAUGACGCGGCACGUGCAAUCUGACGGGCGCCCCCGACACAGCGCCGCCGCCGCCGCCGCCGCCUCCGCAGCACGCGUCACGGUGAAAGCAGAUAAAGAGAACCUGAGGAGGUGCCGGUCAGCGCUGGCGGUGCUCCUGGUGGCAGCAGCGGCGCUGCUACCCGCCGCCCACGCCGCCCCCGCUGCCGCCCCCACCGCCCACAAGGCGGACGACUGGAUAGACCCCUGCGGCAUAUACAGGGAUGCCCCCGGCGUCCUCAACAUGAAGAACGUCAAGAAGGUGCUCAGGGUGUUCCGGAAUUACCUCCACGGCACCUUCAACAGCGUGAAAAAGGAGUGGGAUCGAGCCAGCAGCGUCUACCAAGGGCUGAAAGAAAUUGAAAUGGACAUGGAGUGGCUUCCAAGGAACCAGUACAACCACUACAAGGACACCAUCCAAGGGCUGACACUUCCCGAAAAGCCGGCCCACGUCCUACAGCACGUGCACGACGGCGUUCAGAAGUACCUGGCCACCGUGGCGUGGCUGCAAAGGGACGAAGCCAGCAGCCUGCUACUGCACAAGGACCUCGCCACGCGCGCCCACUUCCUCUCCGAGAUACGCAGCAAGCUCAAAAGUUUGCAGUGCGCGGCGCAGAAGGCGAUCGUGGACAGCAAGGUGCGGCUGCAGGUGCAGCGGCCGCAGCUGGAGGAGGUGGUGGACGCGGAGCGCCACCGGCAGCCGUCGCAGGGCACGCCGCAGCUGCUGCUGCGCGACCGCACCUACCUCGCCCUCCUAAAGGCCUUCCUGGCCGACUGGCAGAAGGUGGUCAGCGAGGUGCUCAAGGAGGUGACGCGCGACCUCAAGAAGAAGAGCAAGCAGCAGAAGAAGGACGCGACCCGCGGCGUCAAGAGCAAGAACACGACGGCCGCCCCCCGCCGCCAGCGCCACAAGAAGCGGAAGGACCAGCAGCGGCGCCAGCAGGCGUAGCGCCGGCCCCCGCGGCCGCCGCCGCCGCGCCGCCCCCACGACUGAAGCCGCCCCGCGGCUCGCUCCUGGCUGUGAUACAGAAUCUCCCCUUCUCGCCGCUCUCUGCAGCGCGCCUGUCCUGUCGUACCGCAGUAUUAGCUUUAGGGCAAUCAUCCUCCACCAGUCAUCUUAUUUAUUGUCCACACGUACCCAUUAUUUAUAACUAUUUAUUAUUUAUUUAUUUAUUUAUAAUUUAUUCGCUCGUCCUCACGCGUA